UACAGGAGAUGACCAGAGACUGCGGAUACAGUACAGGAGAUGACCAGAGACUGCGGAUACAGUACAGGAGAUGACCAGAGACUGCGGACACAGUACAGGGGGAUGACCAGAGACUGCGGACACAGUACAGGAGAUGACCAGAGACUGCGGACACAGUACAGGAGAUGACCAGAGACUGCGGACACAGUACAGGAGAUGACCAGAGACUGCGGAUAGUACAGGAGAGGACCAGAGACUGCAGACAUAGUACAGGAGAGGACCAGAGACUGCAGACAUAGUACAGGAGAGGACCAGAGACUGCAGACAUAGUACAGG